AUGAACCGGCGUGAACGGCCCGAGCACGUCUUACCCCCUGAUUUGUACUACAAUGAAGACGAGGCCGCGAAGUAUACCGCAAAUUCCCACAUCAUCUCGAUCCAAACCGACAUGUCUGAACGAGCAUUGGAGCUUUUGGCGCUGCCGGCCGAGAAACAGUGCAUGUUACUGGAUCUGGGUUGUGGUUCCGGAAUCAGCGGCUGUGUGCUAUCAAAUGCUGGACAUACUUGGAUCGGAUUGGAUAUCAGCAAACCUAUGCUUAUGCUCUGUCGUGAGGAUGAGGAUUUCGAUGGAGAUGUCAUCCACAAGGACAUGGGAACCGGUCUCCCGUUCCGGCCCGGCGCAUUUGACGGCUGCAUCUCGAUUUCUGCGCUGCAAUGGCUUUGUCACGCCAAUUCAUCCGAUCAGAAGCCAGCCAAACGACUAUCCCGUUUCUUCCAGUCGUUGUAUGGAUGUCUGGGCCGAGGCACCCGAGCCGUUUUUCAAUUUUACCCGGAAGAUGAUCGGCAAACGGAAAUGAUUAUGAGCUUGGCACAAAAAGCCGGAUUCGAUGGUGGCCUUGUUGUUGAUUUCCCGCAUAGCUCAAAAGCCAAAAAGGUCUAUCUAGUGCUCAUGACGGGCGGCAUGCAAGCCAUGCCCAAGGCAUUGACAGGAGACGAAGAAGUUGAUCAAGUCAAUCGCCAACAGGUGGAUGUGGUUGGCAGGCGGGAAUUCGUUGUGCACCGGAAGAAGAAAAGGGCGGCAAAGGGGAGCAAAGCCUGGAUACAGAAGAAAGUGGAGACGGCAAAGAAGCACGGAAACAAUUUCACCGAUUCGAAGUUCAGCGGGAGAAAGCGUAAACCGAGAUUC